AUGACCCAGUCCCAAGUCCACGAGAGCGGCGACUCUCCCGUCGCCUCGAUCGAGGAGUUUACCACCACUCCCUUCGACUUUAUCGUCUGCGGCGGUGGAACAGCUGGGCUGGCCAUCGCCGCCCGUCUGAGCGAGAUUUCGAAUGUCAAUGUCGGGAUUGUAGAGGCAGGAAAAUACCGCAUCGGCGACCCGCUCAUCGAGACGCCUGCGACGUUCAUGCAGAUGUUUGAGGACCCAGAGUACGAUUGGUGUCUGUUUACAGCGCCACAGGAAGCGAACAACGGCAAGGUCCAUCAUAUACCGCGCGGAAAAGUCCUCGGCGGAUCCAGUGCAAUCAAUUACUUGAUGUAUGUACGGGGAUCGCUGCAGGACUACGAUGACUGGGCCGCGCUUGUCGGUGAUGAGGGGUGGUCAGCUGCAAACAUGAAGGCGUAUAUGCGCAAACAUCAGGCUCAACCGGUCAAUCCAGAGUCCAAGGCGGCAGCAUCUCCCAUCGCCCCUGAGCACCACGGUACGACCGGCCCCAUUCGAACGAGCUUCAAUGAGUCAAACCUGCCCAUCGAAACCGACUUUGUCAAGGCUUGCGCCGAGACGGCGAACUUGCCAAACAUGCCUAUUGACGCUUGGAGCGGAGACCAUAUCGGGUUCUACCAUACCCUGGGCGCUGUCGCCCGUACGGGUCCGAACCGCGGCAAACGAAGCUACGCCGGGAUCGAGUAUUACGAAGCGAACAGGUUGCGGCCAAAUCUCAAACUUCUCUGCGAAGCGCGUGUUAACAAAGUCAUUCUCAACGGCACCAGGGCUACCGGUGUCAGUAUAACAUUCCGAGGUCAGGAGUACACCGUCUCCGCAAGUCGCGAGGUCAUCGUUUCUGGCGGGACCAUCCAGUCCCCUCAGAUUCUCGAGCUAUCCGGCAUUGGCGACCCAGAAGUUCUCGCUGCCUCCGGCGUCCAGUGUCUGGUUGAGAACCGCGCUGUCGGUGCUAACGUACAGGACCACAGUGUCAGCCUGAUAAGCUGGCAGAUGCAACCCGGUGUGGUGACCAGCGACACACUGGGCCAGGUCCCUGAAGCCGCAGCUGCAGCACUGCAUCAAUACGCAGAAUCCCGCACAGGUCCAUUGAGCUCAAUUGGGAGCACACAGGGUUUCAUCCCCGUCAAGAGUAUCCUCUCAGACGCCGAGCUCGCCGAGAUCGUGCAGAGUAUCCGUGAUAUCAAGCCGAGUAGUGCCUUCCAUGAAAAGCAGCUGCAGCAAGUCAUCGCUCAUCUAGAAAGCGAGACCUCAGCGAACUUGCAGGUUGUCUUCCUUCCAUGCAGUGUCCAUGAGAAUGGUGUUGAGCACCAGCGUGGCCUGUUCACGCCGCCGCCAGUAGGAGAGCCGGUUUGUGUCUCGGCCGCGCCGUGUCUGCAGUACCCGGUUUCACGGGGAUCUAUCCAUAUCAAUAGCAACGAUCCCUCGGUCCCGCCCACUAUCCAACCAAACUACAUCAGCCACUCCGCAGACGUCGCACUCCUGGCUGCGUUCCUUAGUUGGAUAGACAGAGUUGGACACGCUGCACCUUUUGCAUCCUCAGUCUCCCGCCGCAUCUUGCCCAAAUCGUCGCUUGACCUGCAAGAUUCCGAACAGGCGAAGCGUGCCAUCCACGACACCGUGAUCGGUGAGUACCAUAUAUGCGGCUCGGUCGCGAUGGGGGAUGCGCUGGACUCCAGGUUGCGAGUUAAAGGAGUAGAGGGUCUUCGCGUUGUAGAUGCAAGCGUGUUUCCCAACAAUGUGUCUGGUAAUAUAAUGAGUAGUGUCUAUGCGGUUGCGGAGAAGGGUGCGGAUUUGGUGAAGGAGGAUCACGGGCUGCUCUAG